CACCGCUUCAAUCGCAUCAUCACGUGGCUUUCCCUAGCAACGAAAUAUGUCAUCAAUUCUGCAGAGACAAAAGUGCUGGAUGUGACUUCGGAACGAAGACUUUAGCUUUGUAUUAGGGAACCGGCACGUUCAACUCUCACCUUUUUACGUUUGCUUGCCAGCUUGUGGUCUGUUAGCAUUUAGGAGACAGAAAUAUUGACCCGAUUAGUUAAAUGAAUUAUAGGUAACAAGCAACGUGACUAAAUCAUGAGUUACCUAAAUUCAGGUCUGCUUUCAACCUACAACAGUCUCACAGACAAACACCUGGCUGGAUAUUUUAAUAACACAAGAAUAAGAAGACAUCUGCAGAGAGUUGGACUGAUUACAAGAAGUGGGAAGAUUGUUCCUGACAAAGAAUAUAGACUGAAGCUGGUCCGUAGGGAUCACCAGAGACACGUGAGAGAAUGUCUGGCCCAGGCAAUCUUCCACAAGGUGCUGGACAUGGAGCGCCACCACCAGAUAGAAAUCAAAAGAAAGUUGGAAGAUUUUGCGCGGAGGGAGCGGGUACAUAAAAUCAAGGUGGAACGCUCCAAAAGAUAUGAUGAAGAUGUUAUCCCUUUAAUAUCUCCUAAGCCACCGUCUGGUCCUAGGAAUGGCCGCAGACAGCCGUCUGGGCCAGAGGGAGAACAUUCGGAGUCCUCUGAAUCUCCUGGUUCCUCCAGGCCUAACACAGCUCCAGGGAAAAUGCAGCGACCUCAUCGGCUCCAGCCCAUCAACAGAAACACCGCCUCUGUUCGGCGGACUUCCCCUGGAAGCAGGCUCAGAGACUCUUCAGAUGACACGGAACAGCAGUUCACCCUCACGGAGAAAGACCUGAGGCCCGUGACAGUGACUGAGUUUUCGCAUGGAUUAUCUCCGUACCAGCUCCCCAUUAUCAACAACUACAUCACUCCUGUUCCUCCAUCGACCAAGAGGACUUUAAAAGGCACUCAAAAUGGAACGAUGAGGGGCAGGAGGCUGCGGCCCACUACAGCCCCCAGUGCUACCGCAAUUGAACAGCAGGACUCAAAACUCUACAAGACCUCAGUGCACAGUAAUGUAUCAGUGACCAUGGUGUACUAUGGGAAGACGGUCCACCUGUCCCACGAUGACAUUGACAUGAGGGAUGAAGUGAAAGUCUUUCAGCAACACUGUGGAGGAGAGAAUGUAUGCGUGUACAAAGGGAGGCUGAUGGAGGGAGAGGCCUUCCUGUUUGUCUCCAGGCGUCAUCGUGGCUUCCCCUUCAGCCUCACCUUCUUCCUGAAUGGCUUGCAGGUGGACCGACUGAGCUCUUGUUGUGAGUUCAAGCACCGCAAGGGAUCCCGAUUAGGUGGGAAACAUGGUCACUUUGGAUUCUCCAGUGUGGGUGGCGCUUCUCCCUGUUACAAAUGCAUCAUAUCGAUGGGACUAGAUAAGAAGCCCACCCCCCCAAAAAGAACCAAGGAGGAAAUGGGGAAAGGGUGCUUCCUGGGUAAUUCUCAAGAGAUGGCUGAGGAGGCCAAAGUGGUUGAUGAAGAAGAAAUUAAACAAGAUAGUCAGUCUCGUUUACAAUCAGAACUCAGAAAGGAGCAGGUUGAGGAUGACUCCAUGGAAACAGAAGCUAAGGACAUUGACCAGGACAAAGCCAAAGAUGACUAUGAUGAGGACUUUGAAGCUGAUGAUGAGAGGGCAGAUGAAGACAUGGAGGAGGGCAAAGCCUCAGCUGUGGCUCCUGACUCAUCCAGUGAGAAAAGGGAUUCCCCAAUCAAUGACAAAGAGGAUGGAGAAAUAUUUAAUCAUCAGAUGGAGGAUGAAGAGAAGUAUUCUGACAGCGAGUUGGAAGAUGAUGACAAGGCUGAAGAUAUGAAAUCACCGUCGUGCUCAUUUAGUCCUUCCUCGAGGAGCAGGGAAGAUUCUUACAGCGAGGCAGACGAGGAGAACGAAGCCGUGAAAAAUGAAAAAGUGCGCUCAGAGACUGAGAUGGGACCGCUUGAGGAGCAGCCCCAGGUAGAGGGUGCGGAAAGAGCCUUUGCGCCUGCAGCCGAAAAAGAUCAAGAGGGCCCAGAAGAGCACGCAGAAGAAUUGGACAACCGCAAGGAUGAGACCAGCUCUCCGGCACCCCCCCAAACAAAGACAACGAACGGAGACCCUGAGGCGCAUGAAGGCCACGGAGACGGCCCUGACACAGCUGGUAUGGAGCCUUUGAACGACAGCAUGCACCUACGGGAAGGAAAAGAGGUGGGAAAAUCUGGUGCUGCAGUAGAUAGUGGGGACAAUGCAGCCGGGCCAGACGAGUGUUUGGGAGACACAGAGCCAGAGAGAGCCAAGUCUGUGCAGGAGAAGCUAGUUGAAGCGAUUAUGAAAGAGGCGCACAGUGGUUCAGAACCAGAACUCAGCGAUACCAGCACCGAAGAGGAGGAUUUGCCCCCUGAAAUCAAAACUAUGGAGCAGAAAAUCACUGGUGAGCAAGAAGAGGAGGCAGGUGUCUCUCCACUGCAGAAACCAGGAACGAAGGAAGAAAAGUUAGAGGACACUGAAAACAGAAAUGAACAGAGAGACACAGAAAUUAAAGACGACAUGAACAAGAUGAGAAAAUCAGAAUCCAGAGAGGCCCAGGCACUAGAAUCAGUGGAUUGUGCCCAGAUGCAGGAAGUGAGAAAUGCAGAGGAACACACUACUGAAACAAAGACACCUGAAGCUGAAGAGACCGGAUCAGAAGUAGAGGAGAUUAGAGGAACAGACAGCAGUAAUGUGGCAAAAGAAGUGGAUGAGACUAUGGCUGACAUCAAGAAGUAUGAAGAAGCAACAGAUGAUCCAGAAAAUGAAAUAAAGGAAGAAAUGGAGGAUUCUGAAGCACAAGCAGAAGAGACUGAAGCACAGGCAGAAGGGACUGAGGCAAAGGCAGAAGAGACUGAGGCACAGGUCAAGGAGACUGGGGCAGAAGAGACUAAAGCACAGGAAGCGGAGACUGUAGCAGAAGAGACUGAGGCACAGGAAAAAGAGACUGUGGCGGAAGAGACUAAAGCACAGGAAAAAGAGACUGUGGCAGAAGAGGCUGAGGCACAGGAAAAAGAGACUGAGGCAGAAGAUACUGAGGCACAGGAAAAAGAGACUGGGGCAGAAGACACUGAGGCACAGGAAAAAGAGACUGUGGCAGAAGAGGCUGAGGCACAGGAAAAAGAGACUGGGGCAGAAGAGGCUGAGGCACAGGAAAAAGAGACUGUGGCAGAAGAUACUGAGGCACAGGAAAAAGAGACUGUGGCAGAAGACACUGAGGCACAGGAAAAAGAGACUGGGGCAGAAGACACUGAGGCACAGGAAAAAGAGACUGUGGCAGAAGAGGCUGAGGCACAGGAAAAAGAGACUGGGGCAGAAGAGAUUGAAGCGCAGGCAGAAGACAUUGAGGCACAGGAAAAAGAGACUGGGGCAGAAGAGGCUGAGGCACAGGAAAAAGAGACUGGGGCAGAAGACACUGAGGCACAGGAAGAAGAGACUGGGGCAGAAGAGGCUGAGGCACAGGAAAAAGAGACUGUGGCAGAAGAGGCUGAGGCACAGGAAAAAGAGAGUGGGGCAGAAGAGGCUGAGGCACAGGAAAAAGAGACUGAGGCAGAAGAUACUGAGGCACAGGAAAAAGAGACUGGGGCAGAAGAGAUUGAAGCACAGGAAAAAGAGACUGGGACAGAAAAGACUGAGGCACAGGAAAAAGAGACUGGGGCAGAAGAGACUGAAGCACAGGCAGAAGGGACUGAGCUAUUGGAAGAAGUGACUGACUCAAAAACAGAAGGCACCGAAACACAUACAGAAGGGACUGAGGCACUAGAAAAAGAGACUGGGGCAGAAGAGACUGAAAGACAGACAGAAAUGACAGAAGCACAGGCUGAAGUGACACAAUCACAGGCUGAAGUGACACAAACACAGGUUGAAGUGACAGAAACACAGACAGAAGUGACAGAAACACAGGCAGAAGGGACAGAAGUGACAGAAACACAGGCAGAAGGGACAGAAGCACAGGCAGAAGUGAGAGAAACACAGGCAGAAGGGACAGAAGCACAGGCAGAAGUGACAGAAACACAGGCUGAAGUGACACAAACACAGGCAGAAGGGACAGAAGCACAGGCAGAAAUGACAGAAACACAGGCUGAAGUGACACAAACACAGGCAGAAGUGACAGAAACACAUGCAGAAGCGACAGAAACACAGGCAGAAGGGACAGAAGCACAUACAGAAGUGACAGAAACACAGGCUGAAGUGACACAAACACAGGCAGAAGGGACAGAAGCACAGGCAGAAGUGACAGAAACACAGGCUGAAGAAACAGAGACAGAAGUGACAGAAACACAGGCUGAAGUGACACAAACACAGGCAGAAGUGACAGAAACACAGGCUGAAGGGACAGAAGCACAGUCUGAAGUGACAGAAACACAGGCAGAAGUGAUAGAAACACAGGCUGAGGUGACAGAAACACAGGCAGAAGUGGCAGAAACACAGAUUGAAGUGACAGAAACGCAGGCAGAAGUGACAGAAACACAGGCUGAAAUGACAGAAACACAGGCAGAAGUAGCAGAAGUGACCGAAACACAGACAGAAGUGACUGAGGCAGAAGAGUGUGAAGCACACGCAGAAGUAACUGAGGAACAGUCAGAAGACAUGGAUGCUCGGGUAAAUAACACAGGAGAGGGAGAAAAUUCUACAACUAAAACUCCUGACACGACUACUAAGGAUGAUCCAGAUGGACAGGAUAAAAGACAGGAUAAACUGGAGACACAGGAAGACAGGUGGUCUGAAAAGGUGGAGGAUGAACUCAUAGAAAAAAAUGAUAAAACUCCAGGCAAAAAUGCAGCUGUGGCAAAGGUUGUGACUGAAAACACAGUAAAGGCUAAAGAAGCAGAAGAAGAGAAUGGACAGGGAGAGAAAGGAGAAGAUCAAGGCGACAUGGCUGAGGCUGACAGGAAGGAAUUCACUCAUGAUAAGACUGGGGGAAAUGAAGAUAAUAGUGUGGCCAACAAUAAAGUACAGAAAGAUGACAUAGAAAGAAAGCAGGAAGAAACUGAGAAGACUGAAGUCACAGAUAAAAAUUGUGAAAUGGAGGCAACCAGCAAAGAUACCGAGUUGAAAGAGAAAAAUGAAACAGAACAUGAGAAUAAAGAUGAAGCCAAUAGAGAGGACAAAGAAAUAAAUGUAAAUGAGGAAGAGGUGGAGGAGUGUCUGCAGACAGGAAAAAAGUCAGCAGUAGGAGAAGACAAGGUUGAAGCAGCAAGCGAAGAGGUUAUGGAAAACCUUAACAAAGGAGAUAGGGAACCAAAGAGUUUUGAGACAGGUUCCAAAGUAGAUGUUAAUGAGGCGACAGCAGAAGAUGUAGAUUCCAAAGCUGAAGAGACAGUCAGUGUGUUUGAGGAAGUACAAUCUUUCACCGAAGAGAAAGGUAGUGAAUCUAACUCACCACAAUUAGAUAUAAAGGCAUUUACUGGAAUAAAAACCAUGACUGCGGCAGAGGAGUUAGGUGAUAAGAUCGGGAACAGUGUUACUGAGGAGGGGGAUGGCGAAAAGGGGGACGAUGACCAUCAAGACAAGGUAUCGGAACAAACGCUUCCAGGAGAGAGAAAGUUGGAGGAAAGGGCAAAUGAGCAACAAGAUGCAUCAAAACAAGAAGAGUCUGAUGUAUCAGUGAAUGAAGAGAAAGAUACUGAAAUUACAAUACAAAAGCUAGAGGACAGUGUAGAGGAGGUCAAGGGUGAUGACAGAGUAACAGAUAAGUUUGAAAAUGAUACAAAAGAACCUGGAGUUCCAGGUAUGCUAGCUUUAGAAAAUACAGAGAUUGGAUCAAAUAUUAUGGCGAAAGAAUUCACCGGGGUUCAGAAAUCAAUAGCAAGUAAUUCUGACUGUAACACAGACACAAACAGUGUUAAAAGCAAUGUUACUGAGAGGAAAAAAGUAGAAAGUGUGGCCGAGAUGGAGCGCAGUAAAGAUGAUGGAAAAGAAAAAGAGGACUCGGAUGGCCGUUUUGAUGGUACAGAGGAAAGAACGGCGACAAGCGAUGCUGCUGGUGAUAAGGUUGUGGACAUAUCUGCUGAUAGAGGUGACACCAAUGUUGGAGAUGACCUUCAAGAGAAUGAAGAUGAAGCUAAUGAAAUAAAUCAGGAGAUUGCUGCAGGGGAAGUGGCUUUUGGAGAAGUAGCUAAAGUUGAUGCAGCACUGGAAUCAAAGGAACUUCAACCAGAAGAAAAAGUUAUGGAUCUUGAACAUGUGCCUCAUAUGGAAACUGGAGCCAGUGAGGAAGAGAUGACGAAUGUAGCUGAGGAAGAUGAGGUGCUCGGUCCAGAAACUAUGAUGAAAGAGGAUGAAGGAGAUCUUGUCGCCAGCUGGGUGAACAAACAUCAAGCGUCAAGAUGUUUUCAGACAUUCAUCGAACCGCUAGAUGACCUAAAGGACUUUUCUAGCGAUGAAGUCAGGGAAUCAGAGACAGCACAUACAAAAGAACUGUCUAAAUCUGAAUGUACUGAAAAGAGCUCGGACACAACUGAAAAACAAAACUGAAACUGACGUUUCUUUCUUGGGAUACAGGAUCCACAAUCCAAAGAAAGAAGUUAUUCUUAAAAUGAGAACUCCAAAGAAGGGUUCUUGGGAGAAAGGCUCACAUCCGAAUCUAACACUCACCUAGAAAAUAUAGAGGAAAAAAGGGAUCAAAAGAAGGCCAUCGUUGAACA